ACAAUUAAUGACAAACAAUUUAAUCUAAUCGUGAGUGUCCAACAAUUUAUCGAUAAUUUGCUUCUCUUUGACCUUCUUUGAAUUUACUAAUAGUGUUUUCUUUUUCUCAAAAAGUUCAGUUCAUUUUUUUUCUCUUUCAUUUGUUAAUUGUAACUAAUUGUUGUUCUAAUCAUGGGACCACGGAUUCGCGAAGAAGAUGUUCCUCUCGAUUAUGUGGAGGACGAUAAGGUCAAGAUUAAGAUUAAGAUUACCGAUAAUGAUCCUGAUUGGAAGCCAAUGGAACAAAUUGUUUGGACUAAUGUUAUUUGGUAUCUUGUUUUACACAUCGGUGCUUUUUAUGGCCUCUACCUCGCUUGGACACAGGCCUCAUGGGCCACGAUCAUCUAUACGGCCAUUUUUGGGGAACUUUGUCUACUCGGUGUGACCGGAGGAGCUCAUCGUCUUUGGGCUCAUCGCUCUUAUAAGGCCAGUUUACCUUUUCGAUUGUUCCUGUUAAUUUGUAAUACCGCUUGUGGACAGAAUUCGGUUUACGAUUGGGCUCGAGAUCAUCGUGUUCACCAUAAAUACUCUGAAACCGAUGCUGAUCCACAUAAUUCAAAUCGUGGGUUCUUUUUCUCUCACAUGGGUUGGCUAAUGUGCCGAAAACAUCAAUUGGUCGCAAUUUGUGGUCGGAAAAUUGAUCUUUCCGAUUUAACCGCUGACCCUUUGAUUGUUUUCCAACGUCGUCAUUAUAUGAAACUUUUCCUCCUAUUUAGUGUUAUCAUUCCGACGCUCAUUCCAAACUUAUUUUGGUCUGAAAGUCUCUGGUUAUCUUAUUGGUUCUGUGCUGUGACUCGUUAUAUUUUGCAACUUCAUAUCACAUGGCUUGUUAAUUCAGCGGCUCAUAUGUGGGGCUAUCGUCCAUAUGAUUCAUCAAUCGCUUCAGCUGAAAAUUAUUUCGUCUCGUCUCUAGCCUUGGGUGAAGGUCAUCACAAUUACCACCACACAUUCCCAUGGGAUUAUUCAACAUCAGAAUGGGGAUGGUCAUUCAAUUUGACCACAAUGGUCCUCGAUUCAGCUCGCAAAUUGGGUCUCAUUUGGGACUGUAAAAGUGUCACAAAGGAAACCAUUGCUGCAAGAUGCAAUCGGACUGGUGUUAAACGUGAUUAAGUGAUAAAUUUUUCUCAAUUUACUUGACAACAAAUCUCAUGGACAAUUAAUCUAAACUUAACAAUUUAAGUUAACGAUCAAUACGUCAAUACAUGUAUUAUUUUCAUAUUUGACAACAUGGGAAUUUUUUUCACAUGAUCAAUGUAAUAAGCUGAAAAUCCCAUUCUCAGUUAACCCAUUCCAUACAAUUUCAUUCAAUUUAAACAAUCAACCGGUUAAGAAGUUGAUUGUUAUGGAACAACUAACAAAAAUUAAACUAAAUUAAAAAAAUAUUCACAGAAUGAUAUUGAUAAAUAAAAAGUUUCGACAAAUA